GACUUCUUGUUCCUCAGGUCACACGUCUGUGAAUUCAGAGCAACUGCAGAGACGCCCAAGGAAGGGAGGCCGUCGACGAACCUGAAUCAAUUUUUCAGCCGUUUUUUAACGCCAAGUGAAGUCGGCAAGAGAAGAAAUGUUACAGAGGUACCUGCUAGACUUUACGCUUGCUGUCCUGGAUGGACAAUUGGGCAGCAAAAUGGUGAAGGACCUAGUACUAGCAUCAUACAAACACAUGGACGCCAUUCUCGGAAAAUGUGGCAUCACCCAGAUGACGUCAGUGGAUGUGACACCCACCAAGGUAAGAUCCCAGGGGGCCACCACCCUUUAAGAAUAGUGCAUAACCACCAGGUGUAUGAAUUACACGGCGAAGUCUUCCCAAGAACAGAGAAUCUGGAAGGAAAACAGUUCGAUGUUCCUUCUGUGGUUUUGAGACGACAACGCCAAACUAUGGGUCUAGCCUUGCAGAGACAAACUCAUGUUCCUGGGUCACGUGACCAGAGGUGCAAAGGUCGUGUCUGUGGAAGUGACAGAAGUGAAGUAAAAUUCGACAAAGGUGUCCAACAGGCGCUUGGAGAGGGAAAGAAGGAAAGCAAAAUCUGCAUUCCUCGUGCUAGUACCACUGUCAAGAAAAAAGUUCCAAAGAAGAAGACCAAAACCCAGAAGAAGAAGAAACAAAAUGCCAAGAAGAAAAAUCACAAGAAAAAGGAAAGGAAAAUAAAUAAAUGCGGGAAUGGAAAACCAGCAAGAAAUAAGCAGAAACCAAAUCAGAAGAAGGACAAGAAAACGAAGGCGGAGGGUCUUGGUAAACUGGGGCACACCAAACCAGACAGCCAGAACCAGACCAUAGGUGCUGGACCCAGGGAGCACUGCCAACGGUCCUCCGGAGUUACAACCUGCACCUGCGAUGUAGGUUUCGUCCUGUUGGAGUACAGGCCCACCUGCAGUGGCCCGGGGGACUGUAGGGCGGGUGGCGGUUGCCACCACCUGUGCUGCAACGCCUGGGGUCUGAAUCCGUGCCUUUGCAGUCAUGGUUAUCGAAUGAGCUUAGAUAAAAAGACCUGUUAUCUGACAGACAUGGAACUGACAGACCAAUGCCUCGUGAGAAAUGGAGACUGCCAACACCGAUGUCAUAAUGGUUCUGGUGGUCCUUUCUGUAGCUGCUAUCCCGGAUACGCCCUGCAACUUGAUGGCAAAUCCUGUCAGGAAGAGAAAGGAUGCAGGCCUAGACGAAAUCAGUGUCAGCACGCGUGCGUCGACACACCUGGUGGCUUCCGGUGUACCUGUCCGCCAGGUUAUUUACUCGAUACCGAUGGGAUUACGUGCAUAGAAACAGACGAGUGCUCGCAUGACAACGGAGGCUGUGAACAAGUCUGCACGAACACGGACGGGUCUUACUUCUGCUCUUGUAGAACCGGAUACCAGUUGUGGAAUGGAACGCUUUGCAGAAGCUUUCAGCCCCUUGUUGCCUUAUCCAUGGUGACGGAGAAAGCACCCAGUGGGAAUUGCCAUGAUGGCAACGGCGGUUGCCAACAGCUUUGCCAUGAUGUUGCCAACGGCAGUCUCUGCAGCUGUCACCCUGGGUACUUCCUUGACCCGGAUGGCAGGUCGUGUCAGCAGUUGGAGAGAUGUGACCAAGAACAAUCCAAACGAUGCCAACACGAGUGUGUGGACACGCCAGUUGGUUUCGAAUGCUUGUGUUUGCCAGGAUAUGUCCUCGAUUCUGAUGGGUUCAGUUGCGAUGACACAGACGAAUGUCUGGAAGACAACGGCGGGUGUGCCCAACUCUGCCAUAAUACAGAGGGGUCCUACAGCUGUUCCUGUAUGGUUGGUUACGAAUUGAUAGACGAAACGAAGUGUAAAAUCGUAACAGGCACUCCCAGUAUCACCCCUGAUAUGGAGGAGUUCACAGAAUCCUCAGCAUCGUCGAGACACGAUUUCAAAACACUGACAGAAGACGUCAUCUUGACGUACAAGCCCCUAGGGCCUUUUGGACAAAACGGAAUGUCGCCCAGACCGAAUGAAACUGAAUCAGCUGCCGGCUGCCAAGAAGGAAACGGAGGCUGCCAACACAUAUGCUACGAUGAAUCGGAAGGCAGCAGCACUUGUAGCUGCCUUCCGGGGUACGUGCUUGAUUUAGACGGCAAAUCUUGUCAGCCUACGUCUUGUCAGCGCCAAGAUGAAGAGAGAAAGUGCCAGCAAGACUGUUUUGAUACAAAUGAUGGCUACGAAUGCACUUGCCAGUUAGGAUACAUCCUCGAAACUGAUGGUUUUUCUUGUGCCGAUAUAGACGAAUGCUUGUCUGGUAACGGAGGCUGUGAACACAACUGUAGCAAUACAGAAGGAUCUUUCGUAUGCUCCUGUAUGGUUGGCUUUGAGCUGCUCAACGAGACGAAUUGUGAGAGAACCAACGAUGUCAGGGGCGCCGUCGACGAAUGGACGGAACUGUCAGCCUCGUCUAGACGUGAUUUCAAGACUCUGACAGACGACCUCAUCAGGACUUACAACCCCAUUGGGCCUCCUGAAUCUGCCGAAAGUAAAUGUGGUUGCAAGAACGAAGGAAAGUGUGAGACAGAAUCGAUGAGGUGUGUUUGCACAGCCGGGUGGAGGGGAACAUACUGUGAGCUACCUUGCGAAGAAGGGACAUACGGACGGCACUGCACUCUCAAAUGCAACUGUCGUAACGGUGCGUCUUGCAAUCACGUCUCUGGCUCCUGCACUUGCAAACCAGGAUGGCAAGGAAUGCUGUGUUCGCGCCCUUGCCCAAAAGGCUUCUGGGGUCCAGAGUGCCACAAGAGGUGUCGCUGUGGCGUGGGAGUCGUCUGCAACCCCACCAACGGCACUUGUCCCUGUGGUCCUAAAUCUAAGGAUGUCAACUGUCCUCAAGCGAACAGCGCUCUCCUCAGGGCGAGUCUCCUCAUAGCCGAAAAGUGCCCCGAAGGGAGAUAUGGCCCUGGGUGCAGGCGGAACUGCAAGUGUCAGAAUGGAGCCCAAUGUCAUCCGCUAACGGGAGAUUGCAAGUGUACUCCAGGGUGGCGUGGUCACUACUGUCAUUUGCCAUGUGAGAGAGGAUCUUGGGGCGAAAGUUGUAAACAAGCUUGCAGUUGCGCCGGAGAGAUAAACUGCAACCACAUCACUGGGGUAUGUCGAUGCCCACCUGGGUAUAUAGGAGAUCACUGCGAAGAUAAAUGUCCAGAAGGAUACUGGGGCCAUGGUUGCAAGAACAAAUGCCAGUGCAACAAUCCGAAGCUCCUCUGUAAUGCUGCUACGGGAGACUGCUACUGCCCAGCGGGGUCUGGUGGCACGGACUGCCGAAGGGCAGAAUGCCCUUCUGGUUACUAUGGGGCAAAAUGUGAUUUGAUCUGCAAGUGUGAACACUCUGGAGAAUGUAACCCUCAAAACGGAGGUUGUGUUUGCGCUUCUAAUUACUUCGGCCCGACCUGUGCCCUGCGUUGUCCUCCUGGUACUUUUGGGAAUAACUGUACCCAGUUUUGCGACUGCCAGCAUGGAGCUCAGUGCAACGAGGAUGGAACCUGCCAGUGCCCAGCAGGGUAUACCGGAAGUAUUUGCGAGACUCGAUGCCCGCACAACACCUUUGGCAUUAACUGCAGUUCUCAAUGCCGUUGCUCUAAUGGGGGCAUUUGUGACCCUGAGACAGGCAACUGUCAGUGUGGCAUCGGAUGGACUGGUUCUUCUUGUGAUGAGGCCUGUCCUCCAGAUCAUUACGGACCCAAUUGCCAGCUAGAGUGUGGCUGUUAUGCCAACGGCACUUGCAAUCGAUACACUGGAUGCUGCAUUUGCACAGAAGGUCGUUAUGGGAGGUUCUGUGAACUCGAAUGCCCAGGUGGAUUCUACGGUGCAGAGUGCAAAAGUCUAUGCCUUUGUGAAAAUGGAGGGACGUGUGACCCCAAAAACGGCCAGUGCCUUUGUGCUCCUGGAUUCACAGGCGAAAGCUGCAAUAUCCGCUGCAGAAGAGGAACUUUCGGUACCAACUGCUCUAGAAGGUGUAACUGCGGUGCAUUUCGAUGCACUGGAGAAACUGGGGUCUGUCUCUGCCCACCUGGACUGUAUGGAGAAUUAUGCUCUGCUUCAUGCAGACCAGGCACUUUCGGAAUCCAGUGCCAAGAGACGUGUGAAUGUAUGAAUGGAGGAACCUGCGACCCUGUGAGUGGAGUGUGCUCCUGCCCUCCCGAGUGGAUAGGAUCACUGUGUCAAGAAGGAUUGGCCGAAUUUCGAGGGAGACGAAGCAUAGGCCUAAUGAGAAGCCACCUCAAUAGGCAUAUGGGAUUGAAGGACGGAGCGAUAUUGGACGUGAUGCCUUGAUCGAUGCUGACAGUAUAGAUAUCUGCCAGUCGCAAUUGGCUUGAGUGAUAAUGAUUGUAGGAGAUAUUUACUGCUUGAGUGUUAUUAAUUGUAGGAGAUAUUUACUGGAAUAUUGCUUAUACGACGCAUUUUGGCUGUGACUCGGUGGGUAGUACCAUAUGCCAUGUGAACCAUGGCCCAAUGUUGCAGUUCAUUCAGUUGAAUUAAAUAAACCUUACAAGUCUCGCAUUCUUUCCAACCUAUUGUAUAUUUGAAGAAUUUAUAUCACUGGACCAAGAAGAAGUAUUACUCUGCUACAGGCUGAGGGAUAUAUAAGUCUAAAACUUGAGGGAAAUCCCAUAUAAGACGUCGCUAUUGGUGCCAACUGACUUAGAUUAUAAUUAAUUAUCGACCAUAUUUCAAGA